AUGAAGAGUAGCCUCGUCAAGGUCAAUAUCACCAACAACGGAGAUAACCAGACGAAAACCGGCACCAAUGGCCGCUUUCUGCCUAAUUCGCUAAAAUUCAUCUCCACUUGCAUCAGAACCGCUUCCUCCGGCGUCCGUUCAGCUACCGCCUCCGUCGCCUCUUCCCUCUCCGCCGAUUCUCACGAGCUUAAGGAUCAGGUCUUGUGGUCAUCGUUCGAUAGACUACACACAAGCGAAUCUACAUUCAAGAACGUUCUCCUGCUAGGUUACACAAACGGGUUUCAAGUUCUCGACAUCGACGACGCAAGUGACGUCAGCGAGCUCGUGUCAAGGCGUGAUGAUAAUCCGGUUACGUUUGUACAGAUGCAGCCAGUACCUGCCAAAUCCCAAGGAAUCGAAGGCUUUAGAUCAUCGCAUCCGAUGCUCUUAGCAGUCGCUGACGAAGCUAAAGGCUCAGUAUCAAGAAACGGUUAUGAAUCUGAUGAUCCUCUUGUCACACUCUCUCCCACGGUUGUCCGGUUCUACUCGCUCCGGUCUCACAACUACGUUCACGUUCUGAGAUUCCGGUCUACCGUCUACAUGGUUCGAUGCAGUCCAAGGAUUGUAGCGGUUGGUCUCGGUUCGCAGAUUUACUGCUUCGACGCGUUAACGCUCGAGAACAAAUUCAGCGUACUCUCCUAUCCGGUUCCUCAGCUCGGGAUAACCGGGGUUAACAUCGGGUACGGUCCGAUGGCGGUUGGACCGAGAUGGUUAGCUUACGCUUCCAACAGCCCGUUGUCUUCCGGUAUAGGUCGUCUCAGCCCUCAGAACGUUAGUCCGUCGACGUCGCCGAGCAACGGUAACCUCAUGGCUCGGUACGCUAUGGAGUCUAGUAAGCAUCUCGCUGCUGGUUUGCUCAAUUUGGGUGACAAAGGUUUCAAGACUUUAUCUAAAUACUGUCAAGACGGCUCCGGCUCGUCCCUUUCGUCAAGUCCUGGCUGGAAAGUCGGCGCGGCGGGGUCUUCGCCGGAGUCGGAUGUUGCUGGAAUGGUUAUUGUCAAGGACUUUGAGUCGAGAGGUGUGAUAGCACAGUUCAGGGCUCACACGAGUCCGAUCUCUGCGCUCUGUUUUGACCCAAGCGGGACUCUUUUAGUAACGGCGUCAAUCUACGGCAACAAUAUUAACGUUUUCCGUAUCAUGCCGUCACCUGCAAAGAAUGAUUGGAGCUCCUCCUCUCAUGUGCCUCUGUACAAACUUCACCGUGGGAUGACGUCAGCUGUGAUACAAGAUAUUUGCUUUAGUAGCUACAGCCAGUGGAUUGCGAUUGUUUCGUCUAAAGGCACUUGCCAUAUUUACGUUCUCUCUCCGUUCGGCGGAGAGAAUGUUCUUGAGAUUCGGAGUUCUCAUACGGCGGUGGUUGCUCCGACACUGUCUCUCCCGUGGUGGUCGACUCCGUCGUUCACCACCGCCCAUUUCUUGGCUCCGCCGCCACCAGCGUCUGUGACUCUCUCUGUGGUUAGCAGGAUCAAAUGCAACAACUUCUUCCACGCGGCGAGCUCCGUCGUCGGAAAACCGUCUUUCCCUUCCGGCUGCCUCGCCGCUGUCUUCCAUCAGUCCGUGCCGCGGCAGCAGACGUCAGCAUCUCCUCCUGCUUUGGACUACUUGCUGGUUUACACUCCGUCUGGUCAUGUGGUUCAGUACAAACUCGUUCAAUCUCUUGGAGGAGACAAUUCUGAGAGCAAUUCAAGAACCGGAGAGGAGGAGCUGAGAGUGAGAGUCGAACCGGUUCAAUGCUGGGACGUCUGCAGAAGAACAAACUGGCCGGAGAGAGAGGAGAACAUUACCGGGCUUACGUUCGGCGGACGGAACAUCGGAGAGGAGGAGGACGAUACUUGUUCCGAUAGUGGAGAUCUAGCGAAGCCUCACCAUGUUUAUCUUGCUAAUGCAGAGGUUCUGAUAAACUCUGGAAGGAAACCAAUCUGGCAGAACUCAGAGAUAUCUUUCUUCCCGAUGUUUACACCGGAGACUGACGGCGGCAACGGCGACGGCGGGGAGAUGGAGAUUGAGAAAGUGGAAGCAAAUGAGGUUGAUAUUAGGCGGAAGGAUUUGCUUCCUGUGUUUGAUAACUUCCACAGUGUGUAUUCUACUAUGCGCAAUAGAGGAUUUACUGGAGAGAGAGAUUCAAAUUCGUCUUCUGAACACGGACAAGUUCAAGAAAACCAUCUUCCAUUCAAACAACCUGUGGUUUCAAUUUCUUCUUCUGCUGUGGAAGACGAUAAGAACGCCUCCCUGCCCGCGGAAACAACUAUGGAAAACAGCAGCGGGACAAGCGGAGAUUCGAAUGUGAGUUCUAACCGUUCUGAUAUGAGCAUGAUGAUGAAUGCAGCGGACGAAGGUGAGGGAGUCAUUGAUGGCUCUCCAGAUUUUGAGCAGUUUUUCAAAGAAACUGCUACAGAGGAAGCAGAGGAGGAUAAUGCUCCAGCUGAUGAUCAAGGGAAACUAAAUGAUGAUCAUAAUGAUAAUGAUGAUGAUGAUGAUGAUGAUGACAUGCUUGGUGGUGUUUUCGCUUUCUCUGAAGAAGGUUGA